UAUUUUUGCAAUAUACCAAAAAAAAAAAAACGAUUGAAAAAAAUCCCUAUUAUUUUCAGCCGUUUAAUCAUCUUCCCACGCAACUCCAACUCCCGCACAUAUAUAAUCACCGCACGCCAAUCUCAUUUCCUUCCCCGCAAACAACAACAAGAACAACAAUGGCUGCUCCUACUUCAUCACUCUCUCUCCUCCUACUAGUAGCAGCAGCUCUAAUCUCCUGUUUCGCAACCACAUCCUUAUCAUCCACCUUCACCGAUGAUAAUCCAAUCAGAUUAGCAUCAGACGGUCUACAAGCCAUUGAAUCUUCUGUUUUCUCUCUCCUUGGUAACACUCGUCAUGCUCUUUCCUUCGCUCGAUUCAUCCACAGGCAUGGAAAGAAGUAUGAGACAGCUCAUGAGAUAUUGACGAGAUUUGAUAUUUAUCGGGAGAAUUUGGAGUUGAUUCAAUCGACUAACAAGAAGGGGCUAUCUUAUAAACUCCAUGUUAAUCAAUAUGCCGAUUGGACAGAGGAAGAGUUCCGAAGGCACAGAUUGGGAGCAGCUCAAAACUGCUCUGCCACCUUCAAGGGUAGUCACAAGUUGUCUCAUGCUGUCGCUCCUGCAGAGAAAGACUGGAGAGCUGAGGGUAUUGUUAGCCCAGUCAAGAACCAAGGCCAUUGUGGAUCUUGCUGGACUUUCAGUACAACCGGAGCUUUGGAAGCAGCUUAUGCACAGGCCUUUGGGAAGAACAUCUCUUUGUCUGAACAACAGCUUGUCGAUUGUGCUGGCACAUUUAACAAUUUUGGUUGCAAUGGCGGUUUGCCAUCACAGGCUUUUGAAUAUGUCAAGUACAACGGGGGUCUGGAUACUGAAGAGGCUUAUCCAUACACAGGAAAGGAUGGUGAAUGUAAAUUCUCAGCUCAGAAUGUUGGUGUUCAAGUCCAUGGCUCUGUCAAUAUCUCCCUCGGAGCUGAAGAAGAACUCAAGGAUGCUGUGGCAUUCGUCCGUCCUGUAAGUGUGGCAUUUGAGGUUGUUGAUGGAUUCAAGUUAUAUAAGGAAGGUGUUUACACCAGCACAACAUGUGGUAGUGCUCCAAUGGAUGUGAACCACGCUGUUCUUGCUGUUGGAUACGGGAUAGAAAAUGGAGUCCCAUACUGGCUUAUCAAGAACUCAUGGGGAGAGGAUUGGGGUGACAAUGGAUACUUUAAGAUGGAGAUGGGCAAAAACAUGUGUGGUGUUGCUACUUGUGCAUCAUAUCCCAUCGUAGCAUAAAACUCUUUCAAUGCAGAGCACCAUGUAUUAUGAAGAAUGAUUUUUCUAUACUGUUUACACUCUUUCGGCAUCAAAGUGUAAGGACAUAGCCAGAGCCAGAUCCAAAGCCAGAUUGCUUAUGCAAAGUUUGAUGAUACUCCAUUAUGCAAAGUUCUAUUUCCCCAUUCAGCAACUGUAGUUUGAUGUAUAAAAUUGUUUCAGGUAAUUUUCUAAUGUAUGAUUACCAAGAACUCUCCGAAAAACUGAUAUAGACUUUUGGGAUGUACCAAAUUGGAGACUCCCAAAUAGAACUUACGUUGUAUCUGUUCAGAGUUGAUCAUUUGAUACGGGUACUUGGCAAUAAAGUAUUAAAAGUUGAAAUAA